AUGAUUUAUAUUCACGAUGUUGGUCCUUUUUUUUCACUGAUUCUAACAUUGAUUUGUUUCAGCGUGACAUGGCUUUAGCGAUCUCUUUCUUCAAUCCAAAUAUCCCGGGGAUAGUUAGGAAUGCAAAUGGAGCAAUCGUCGCCAUUAUAGCUCAUGAAGUAGAUUUUUUUUUGUUUUUUUCUGAGAACUCAAUCUCAAAUUUUUUUAUUUCAGGGGCGGAUGGAGUUUUUACUCAACAACACUAUUGAGGGGUUGAGUGCCAGAAUGAAUGUGGCGCCUGCUCUUGAACCGGGACUUGCUCAGCUGGUCAGUUUUUUGAAAAAAAAAACAGCCUGUAAAAAUCAUUUUCGAUUGGCUAAUUUUGGUUGUUAUCGCCCUUUAAUAAGAUGACAAGAAAAAGAAGAAGGUUUGAUUUUCAUUAAGUUCGUUAGGUACAAAUUUAUUGAGUUUCUUGAGCCUCUGAAAAAUUUCUUUAGUCAGGAACUUUUAUGUCAUUUACUGUACCUCCAUUCGGAAAAUAAAAUAAUUUUUUCUCACAAAUAGCAGCUACCAGGACGUUUUUACCGACCAGAAGUAAAAUACCUCGUAAAGGACUUCCUAAGUUGCCGAGUUUUUUUCAGAGUUGGUCGUAUCGUACGUUUGCAUGAGUUUUCGGGGCGAAAAACACUGCCAAAAUUUCGAUCAAAAAAGAAUCUGUACAUAAUGAGCGUUCGAAAAAAAACCAUGACUUAUUAGACAACUCAAUAUUGAAAAACCACUCAAGCAUACCGAAAACCGACUCCAUAUUAAAAAAAUACUUGAUUUUCAGUACAACAACGCUCUUUUCAACUUGCGUUACUUCUCCGAGACGCUUCGUUAUUACAUCUUCGAAUGCGAAAUGACUGCUAUCGAGAACUACAUGAAUCCACAUAAUCAUUCGUGA